AUGGCAGGAGCAGGGGCCGAUGCAGACGAUACUCGUCGCAAGACAGGAUCUGUGUCUCACAUUGGGAACAAACAUAAGAGGCAGGAUAUGUAUCAACAAUAUCGUAAAGACAAAGCCAAGAGCAAAUUGAAACGCCGCCUGAAGUUGGCCAAGGCGGAGCGCUCUUCAAAGGAAGGCAAGUCACUUCGAAGAGAGCGCCUUGCAUCGAACAAGCAGCAAACUAUUGAGAACACGCGCGAUUUUAAUCCCACAAUCUUGAACCUGCCUAAUACCCAUGAAGUGCCUGAAUGGAUGAAAUCGCAAGAAGCGCCCCCUACGUCCGUGGACGCCCAAGACGAAGAAGACGAAGAAGACAAGGGGGAGGACGAAGAGGAGGAAGAUGAGGAUGAGGAAGAAGAUGAAGACGAGGAUGAAGAGGAAGCUCAAAAUCACUCCGAAGCUCCAGAGCAGGUAGAGGAAGAGGAAUCGAUCGAAGAAGAAGUGCAAGAUCCCCAACUAGCCAAGUACGACAUGGACAAUGAUCCAACGGCGCCACCGGCCAUUCUCAUCACAACAUCACUUCCUUCCAACUCGACUUCGCCGCAUCUCACUUCAGCUAAUGCACGGAGCCAUCCUGCUGAGGCUGUGCGCGAGUUCAUCAAGGAGCUGCUGAAUGUUUUCCCAGGAGCUGAAUACCGUGCACGAGCCAAGGCGAAAGGUGCAGGGCUCGGCAAGAUUUGCAGUUGGGCGCGUGCUCGACGCUUUGAUGCGGUCCUCGUUGUGGGUGAAGCGAACAAGAAGCCGUGCUCUGUCACGCUUGUAGCUCUUCCACUCGGUCCCACGGCUUUGUUCCGGCUCACAUCUGUGGAACUGGGCAAGGAGAUUUAUGGUCAUGCCCGACCCACUCCUCAUACCCCUGAGCUUAUCCUAAACAACUUUACUACGGCUUUAGGACACCGUGUAGGUAAGUUGCUUCAGCGAUUAUUUCCUCUUGUACCAGAUCUCGAGGGGAGACAAGUUGUAACGGCACAUAACCAACGUGAUUUUGUCUUCUUCCGGCGUCAUCGGUACGAGUUCCGGUCUGCAGAUAAGGCAGCUUUGCAAGAAAUUGGGCCGCGAUUCACGCUCAAGUUGAUGUCACUAUCUUCUGGUCUGCCAAAGGGCGCUGGCGCAUGGAACGGUCGCUUUGUGGACGAGCUCGAAGAGGUUCCUGCGGCAGACGAUCCGCAUGCAGGAGACUCGGCAGAAUACUCGACUAACGAUGGCAUCGAGUUCAAGUGGAAACCUAAGAUGAGUGUUUCACGACGCAACUUUUAUCUAUAG